UGGAGGUGGGCACGGGUUGGAGACAGCCUCAUGUUCACACCAGUGCCAAGCCGGAGCUGAUUCCCUGUCUAGCCGACACCGAGAGCUCGCUGCCGGGGGCCGGCGGAGUCCACAGAGCGGUGCCAGGAUGAAGUUUUGGGGACCAUGUUCGGUUGGAUUUUAUAUUUGCGCGGCCAUGCUUUUCAAAGGAUCCCUGCAGGGAGAAUAUCAGAGGAGGUUGUACAAGGAGCUGCUGGCUAACUACAACCGACUGGAGAGACCUGUGGUCAAUGACUCAGCCGCCAUUCUAGUGGAGCUGGGGCUCACACUGCUGCAGAUCAUAGACGUGGAUGAAAAGAACCAAGUGCUGAUGACCAACGCCUGGCUGCAGCUGUACUGGACAGACAUCUACCUGAGCUGGAAUCAAGAAAACUACCCCGGUGUCCAGAACCUGCGAUUCCCUUCAGACCAGAUAUGGACCCCUGACAUCCUCCUUUACAACAGUGCGGACGAGCGGUUUGACGCCACCUUCCACACCAAUGUCCUGGUGAAUGCAUCAGGUUACUGCCAGUACAUCCCCCCUGGCAUCUUGAAGAGCACCUGCUACAUUGACGUGCGUUGGUUCCCCUUCGACGUGCAAAAGUGUGACUUGAAGUUUGGCUCCUGGACGCACAACGGCUGGCUGCUGGACCUCCAGAUGCUGGAUGUGGACACGUCCACCUACAUACCCAACGGGGAGUGGGACCUUGUGGGUGUGCCAGCCAAGCGCAAUGAGCUGUACUAUGACUGCUGCAAGGAGCCCUACCCUGAUGUGACAUUCACGGUCACCAUGCGCCGCAGGACGCUAUAUUAUGGCCUCAAUUUGCUCAUCCCAUGCGUGCUGAUCUCUGGUUUGGCCCUGCUGGUCUUCCUGCUUCCGGCAGACUCUGGAGAAAAGAUUUCUCUGGGAAUCACUGUGCUCCUUUCACUAACUGUCUUCAUGCUGCUGGUAGCAGAGAUCAUGCCUGCCACGUCCGACUCUGUUCCUCUCAUCGCUCAGUACUUUGCCAGCACCAUGAUGAUAGUAGGGAUGUCGGUGGUGGUGACAGUUAUAGUCCUGCAGUUUCACCAUCAUGACCCUCAUGGAGGCAAGAUGCCCAAGUGGGUUCGGGUGGUCCUGCUGAACUGGUGUGCCUGGUUUCUCCGUAUGAAACAACCUGCCCAUGAGCGCAAGCGGUCUGGUUACAAGUACAGUCACAACUCCCAGCACCACACCAGCACCGGCUCUAUAGAGAUGGCCACUGUUCCAAGCCUCAGUAUGCCCCUCUCACAGACAUCCUGCCCACCUUGCCCCACAGGCAGCUCCAACGGCUCCAUGAGCCUCUACUUUGGCAAUUACCACCCCAUAGAAGGCCCACACUGCCCGCCUUCUAGCGACUCCGGGGUAGCGCUAGGGGGGCGUGCCCAUGGUUCCCCAAGUGAUGAGGCUGAGCCAUCUGGAGGAGUUGGCAGUGGUGUCGGAGGCCUGGUGAUGGGAGUUGGACCCGGGUUGGGAGUCGGCAUCCCCCCACCAGAGAUCCAGCGCAUCUUGGAGGAGGUGUCGUACAUAGCCCAGCGGUUCCGGGACCAGGACAGGGUUGAGGUCAUCUGCAGCGAGUGGAAGUUUGCAGCGGCGGUGGUGGACCGGCUGUGCCUGGUGGCAUUCUCUCUCUUCUCCAUAAUUUGCACCUUCACCAUCCUCAUGGCAGCACCCAACUUCAUAGAGGCUGUUUCCAAGGACUUUACAUAGCUGGUUGCAGCAGCAGGAUAGAGGGGAGGAAGAUGGGAAGAAGAGAUUGAGAGAGAGAGAGAAUGUGCAUAGGGGGAAGGAAACAAUGAAGGGUGUAGUAUGUGGUCCUCUGCCUACAGUCUGGGUACCCAAGCUGGGCCACGCAGUGUUUUCUAGAAACUCAAGAAAGUGUGUGGAGCCUUGCAACUCUGCCAAGCUGCUGAAUCAAGUAGUCAAUUGAACCAUUAUGUUACAUUAGAACAUUCUAAAUUAAGAAUAGAAACAGACAUUCAUUGUUCCACUCUUUCUUGAUUUCGGAGACAAAUUGUUGAUAUCUAGAAGAGGAAAAUAGGUUGGAUAUGCAGACUAAACAGCAACCCUGUGGAGACUAUAGGCAAAAGGUUGGGGAUCACUGGGGCAUUAGAGAGGGCGAUGCAUAGAUUUUCUUUUUUACAUUGAGUAAGAUAUCAAUAAGGGAAAGAAAAUGUGGCAGCUAAUUGUCUUUUCCCUGACAUCAGUGUUAAUAUCAUUGUUUUAUCUGCACUAUUAAUUUAAAAAACUGCUUAUUUUACUGAACGACUCAUACAGCACCACAGUCCACCUCAUUGUCUCUUUUUGAGUUUAUUUUAAUCACCUCAACUAUCUUUGUCCUGUGUGUACAAAUCCACUCACACACACACAUGUAAACAAUAUCCCCUCAGUCUGAGUUCAUAAUGUUAAGGUUAGUCAUUAAAAUGAAAUGUUUCACUGUGAAUUUUAGUGUUUUUGCGUUCAAUUUGAUCAACAGAGCAUUGGAUACACUCAAUAGAGGGAUUUUCUUUCUUUAUCACAGUAGGAAUGCUUAUUUAGGAUCACUUAUCACUCCGUCUUGCCUGUUUUAUUUUAGCCAAUAGAAUCUUUUACUUUAUGAGAACAGUUUGUAACAGUGUAAUAAUGACACGUCCAUUAUGUUGUAUCAAAAAGCUGGUAAAGACUGGUAUGUACUGGUGUUGACUAACAAAGUACACAGGUUUCUUUCUAAAUUAUAAUCAAAUACUGUAUGUAUGAUACGCAGUACAUCUUUUAACCAUGUGGUCUGACACUACAUGUACAAGUCCUCGAUCUAACUGUACGAAACAGAUCAAGUAAAAGUUGUCUAA